UCUACUCCGUGUGCGAACCAGAAACUGUUUUUUCACGGUUUUUGACACGAGUUUUCCCGGGAGUUUUCUAGGACCUUGUACUUGUAUCACAUAUUGCUGAUUCUUUUCUACAAACUUGCUUUUUUUCUAAAUAAUUGACCAUGGCUCUGUAUGAUUGUAUAGUUGUUGGUGCAGGUGUUAUAGGAAGCUCCACUGCCUACCAUCUUGCUAAACAGGGGAAACGGACACUUCUCCUGGAACAGUUUUUUCUUCCGACCACCCGUGGCAGUUCCGGCGGUCAGUCUCGGAUCAUCAGGAAAUCCUAUAAUCAGCCUCACUAUAAACAAAUGUUGGUCGACGCCUAUGACAUGUGGAAAACAAUUGAAGAUGAAAGUGGAGAAGAACUUUAUGUGGAAAGUGGACUACUUAAUCUGGGCCGGCCUGACGCUCAGGAUGUGGUAGAAAAGCGGGCCAGUCUCGACCUUGUAAAAGAGCCACAUGAAGUGUUGUCCAAUGACCAGCUCAAGCAGAGGUAUCCCACCCUGACCUACCCGGAUGACUUUAUUGGCACUUUGGAGUAUAGUGGCGGAAUCUUAAAAGGUGGAAAGUGUGUUGCAGUUAUACAAAACCUUGUCAAGAAAUAUGGAGGCGAAAUCCGUGAUGGAACAAAGAUGACAGAGCUUCUCCAAGAAAAGGAUACCAUCAAGGUUUCCACAACAGCAGGUGAUUUCCACGCCAGGAAGAUUAUCAUCACUGCUGGACCUUGGGCGGGGAAAGUCUCGGAAGCUCUUGGACUAGAUUUACCCAUUACUCCAAUGAGUAUACCAGUGUAUUACUGGAAAUCGAAAGAUCCAGAACAGCACACAGUCAAGAACGGUUUUCCAGUGAUAGUACAUCGGUCCAGUGAGGGAAUUGCCUACCUUGUACCAUCCCUAGAAUAUCCUGGCCUAUGUAAGGUUGCAAUCAAUCAGAAUAUACCUAAGUAUUGUGAUCCCGAUUCAAGAAACUCGGUCAGUGACCAACAUGACCAGUAUAGGGAGGUUGUUGUCAAUUACAUAAGGAAGUAUUUACCUGGACUUGAAGACACACCCAGUAUCAUUGAGUACUGCAUGUACACGAAAUCUAAAGAUGUUGAUUUCAUCCUCGACAGUCAUCCUCAAAACAAGAAUAUCUUGAUUGCUACUGGAUUCACAGGUCAUGGAUUCAAAAUUGCCCCCUCAGUUGGAAAGCUGAUGGCUGAGAUGGCUACAGAUAGCAAGCCAAGUUAUGAUACGACUCCAUUCCGCAUUUCACGGUUUCAUGAAGACAAAGCUGUGAAAAAAUAGUUUUAAAUAGUUCCUAAUAUAGCAGUAUUCCACCAUUCUAUAUGUGGACAAGCUGUACAGCUGUAUUGGCAACCUUGCAGUCAGAAAUCAGCUGUGGAAUUGAAAUUCUAGUCGCUAAAUAAUGAGAAAGGAUUAUGGUAACUGUGAUUAUUUUCAAGGCUCAUAAAGUUUUAUACAUCUGUUGAUUUUUCUGUUAAUUUGGUACUUUUUAUUUUGGUGUAUUGCAGAGACCAUCUUUUCAUAUUUUCAUAAAUGAACAGUGGUUCGAGUGUCAGCAAAAUUGAUGACUGUCAAUUUUAUGACGAGUAAAAAUGACAAUGGUGGACUGUAAACAGGACUCGCUAAAAUUUCAACUCUAAUCUACAAACACCAUGAAUAAUAUUUGCUAAUCUGUCUUUACAACAAGUAUUCAUUCAGUGUGCAAGACAUACCUGGAGUGGCGCACCUGUAAUUAGCAACUGCAAAUCAUCUGCGUUUUCAGUUAAAAACACAAAGUGCUAAUCUUAGUUCACAACAUUUCCUAUCAUAUUUCACCAACAAAAUGAAUAUACAUACAAUAAAAGUAUAUAUAUCAUAUAUGAUAAAACAGAAGUUUAUUAAUUAUAUACAGUGGAACCCCGGUCGGCGACCACCUCAGUAACGCGACCACCCCGCGAACACGACCAAAAUUCUCCGGUCCCGAAUGGUUUUCUCUCUAAUUCCCAUUAACUGGCCCUCGCUAACACGACCACCCCGGUACCCAGACCGCGACCACCAGCUUGGUCGGUCCCAAACUGCAAAUUAACCCCGCUAACGCGACCAUGAGGCCUAAUUGCCGUAAUCAACCAUGACCGCAUCGUAUCAAUUGGCACCUUCUCGCAAAUCCGUGUUGAUAAUUAGCACCUCGAACACAUGGGAA